CCGGGUGACGAAGAUGGUGCUCAUCAAGGAAUACCGUGUAGUGUUGCCAGUCUCUGUGGAAGAGUAUCAAGUAGGGCAGCUGUUCUCCGUGGCUGAGGCCAGCAAGAAUGAGACAGGCGGAGGAGAAGGCAUCGAGGUGCUGAAGAACGAACCUUAUGAGAAGGACGGCGAGAAGGGACAAUACACACAUAAAAUAUACCAUCUAAAGAGUAAAGUCCCUGGUUAUGUGAAGAUGAUUGCACCAGAGGGAGCGUUAGUUUUUCACGAAAAGGCUUGGAACGCCUACCCGUACUGCUGCACGAUUGUGACGAAUGAGUACAUGAAGGACGACUUUAUGAUAAAGAUCGAGACGUGGCACAAACCUGACAUGGGAACAAUAGAAAAUGUCCACGACCUGGACGAGCAGACAUGGAGGACUGUGGAGGUGUCUCUCAUAGAUAUUGCAAACAAAGAAGAAGUGGCUCAAGGGGACUAUAAGCCAGAAGAAGAUCCUGCUCUUUUCCACUCCACCAAGACAGGCAGAGGACCUCUGGGCCCCGAGUGGAAGAACGAGCUGAAGACAGACUGUCCUUACAUGUGUGCAUACAAACUGGUCACCGUCAAGUUCAGAUGGUGGGGUCUGCAGACCAAAGUGGAAAACUUCAUCCACAGGCAAGAAAAGCGUAUUUUCACCAACUUCCACCGCCAGCUGUUCUGCUGGAUUGACAGAUGGGUGGGUUUGACCAUGGAGGACAUCAGGCGGAUGGAAGAAGAGACCCAAAAAGAGCUCGAGGAGAUGCGUCAGAAGGGAGAUGUGCGAGGCACCUCUGCGACAGACGAGUAGAGGCCCGUCGCUGUAGGUCAAACACUAGAGGCAGGCUGACUGCGUCAUACAGGUCCGAUUCGAGGCACCAGUGCUGCUCACGAGCAAUGAGGCAAAUCAACCAAACCCUGUCAUGAUGAUGUCAUCAGAGACACGUCCACCACGCUGAGGAAGUUGGCCCCUGACGUCGCCUCUUCUCUCCCUGUCUCACAUGAUUCAUUGGGGGGUUUGACAAAGAUUGGUUUAACAGUACUGUACAGAUUCUACCCCAAUCACGAGCCUCCUGUUCACUACAGAAAAAAAACAUGGUUUUGCAUACAUAUAUAAAAAAAAGGAUAAAAAAAACUCUUUGCACAGAACGUAAAUUGCCUGAUAUGUAAUUGUUAGUUGAUUAUUACAGUGGGCUUUGUUUUUAUUCAGGUGUGUAAACCGUGACUCAGAAAGUCAAGCCUUUUAAAUUCACUAGAAUGUUUGUUUUUAGGUAUACAGGUUCCCAAAAAAAUUGGACUUUUAGCAGGUAUUGGACCAUUUAUCUCCCCGCCUCCCCUUGUAUUAGAGCUGUCUGUCUCUACUUUAAUCCUUGUCUCUCCCCUCAGUAUCGUCUAUAUUCUUGUCCUGGUUAAAUUUGUCUAGAUCUCCUCCCCUCCGUGUCUCGCUGUCCCCUCUGUCUGGCUAACUUUGGGAUCUUUCCUUUUUUUUGUUUUUUUUUUUUUAAUUUGGAGGCCUGUUAACGAUUCAAAUUUCAUGCAUGAUGGGUAAUUCUCUGCGCACAUUCGGACACACACACGACCCCCUUUCCUCUUCCGUCACAAGUGCAUGUGGACAACGGCAACUCCUCGCUCAUUGCAUGUCGCUGCAAUGCAGCUUCGCUCAAGUGGACUGUUUGAUUUUGGAGAGAGAGUCUGUACUGAACACGUGUGUCAGUGUGUGCGUCUGUGUUAUCAACUGCCUUCGCUCUUAAAGGACCGGCACUCUUGAGAUGGAGAAGCUUGAUGUCGAGGCUUGGUGGCGUUGUCGCUCCGCCGCCGGCCUCUCGCUGCCGCUGCAUGUCCUUUUCUCCUCGGCUAGGGCUUUAACGGGAGCGCCCCAUCCACGAGCCUCCGCUCCUUUUUUAAAAAAACAAAUGAGAGUCUGUGCGUCGCUGCGUGCAUGAAUCUUUUUAUACCCUCCUCAAAACUCCCGCUUCCUCUCUCACCUGACAGCAAAUGGGUCCAGGCAGAUCUGCGAUGUUUGACCGAUGAGUUUUUUAUUUUAAACAUGUAUAGCGAUAAUUUUUUUUUUUUUUUUUUUAAGUUUUCAUGUAGCCUUUGAA